CGGGGAGGUUCCUCCCCGAACGGCGGCAGCCUGGCAGGGCCCGAGAGCUGCCCGCGGUGGGGAGGGGAUAGCGGGGCGGACCCGGAGGACAUGGAGGGCGAGGAGGCCCCGUCAUGGCGGGGUCCCGGCGGGGCCGUGCGGGAGCUCUGCCGCUCUUUCGGCCACUACAACCGGCACCUGGCGAGGCUGCAGCACAACCUGCGAGAGACCAAGAGGUUCUUCCGCGACGUCAAGUUCUCCCAGGGACAUCCCUUCGCCUUGGCGCCCGCCGGUGACUGCCCCCGCUCCGCCUGGGAUGGGGAUGGGGGUCCCGGGGACGGCGGCCCCAGCCCGGUGUCGUUCCCCCGGCACGAGGAGGAGCAGCUGCAGCGCUCGGUGAGCUGGAGGCCGUGCCUGCUGAUCCUGGGCCAGAACUGCCGUGCCAAGGGGCACCUGCUCAACACCCUGCUGGGCCAGGAGCUGCUGCCCACCCCUGGCACUGGCACCCAGGAGCCGCUGCCCACCCCUGGCACUGGCACCCAGGAGCUGCUGCCCAGCCCCGGGACGGGCACCCAGGAACUGCCGCCUGGGGCUGGCACUGCCACCAAGGAACUGCUGCCCACCCCUAGGACUGGCACCCAGGAACUGCUGCCCAGAGCUGGCACCCAGGAAUUGCUGCCCAGAGCUAGCACUGCCACCAAGGAGCUGCUGCCUGCCACUGAGACUGGCACCGAGGACCUGCUUUCGACCCCUGAAGCUGGCACUGCCACCAAGGAACUGCUGCCUGGGGCUGACACUCCAGAGCUGCUGCCCACUCCCAGGGCUGGCACUCCAGAGCUGCUUUCUACCCCCGGCACUGUCACCGAGGAGCUGCUGCCCACCCCCAGGGCUGGCAUGGACACUGAGGAGCUGCUGCCCACCCCUGGGACUGGCACCGAGGAGCUGCUGCCCAUUGCUGAGGCUGCCACUGAGGAACUGCUGCCCAUGGCUGGCACCACAGAGCUGCUUCCCACCCCUGGCACAGGCACUGAGGAGCUGCUGCCCACCCCUGGCACUGGCACUGGCACCGAGGAGCGGUGCCGGCGCCGCCGUGUUCGCUUCACGCACGGGGCGCGGCCGCGGCUGAGCCUGGCACUGCCCGGGCAGUACGAGCUGGUGCAGGCGCUGGUGGCACACAGCGGGCACUGGGACACCAUCCCCGAGCAGGACCUGCAGGUGCCAGGGGACGCCGAGGAUCCCGCACAGAGGGUGGCAGAGCUGGAGGUGGUGCUGCCCUGCGCGCUGCUCAAGGAAGUGGACAUCGUGGUGGCUCCAUGCCGAGGCUUCCAGUCAGCUGAGUCCACCCUGGCUGAGUUUGUGGACCAGGUGCUGCCCGUUGUCACCUUUGCCAUCAGCGAGCCCCAGCUGUCCCCGUCGGACCAGGCAGAACUUCGGCAAAUCAAACAAAAAUUCUCCCUCCCCAUCUUCUUCCUGCGAAUCCCCGAGGCCGGCGGCGAGCUGAGCUCUCCCAAAAACCCUCCCAAGGACAACAAAUCCCACCCUAAGGACGACAAAUCCCACCCUAAGGACACCAAAUCCCACCCCAAGGACACCAAAUCCCAGCUCCACCUGCAGCUGCUGGAUCUGGAGUACCUGAGCCCCUCGAGCCCCUGCGGCUGCGGCGCUCCCGGCUCCUCCAUGCUGGUGGAGCAGCUGGAGAAGCUGAGGCUGCUGAGCUCCUUCUCCAGGCAGGUGCUGCAGCAGCACCUGGUGGAGGCAGCCACGAGGCUGAGCGAGGUUCACGGGCGCUGCCUCAACAUCUUCAUCAACCAGGCCUUCGACAUGCAGAGGGACCUGCAGAUCACCCCCAAGAGGUUGGAGUACACGCGCAGGAAGGAGAACGAGCUCUACGAGUCGCUGAUGGGCAUCGCCAACCGCAAGCAGGAGGAGAUGAAGGAGAUGAUCGUGGACACGCUGGGGAAUAUGAAGGAGGAGCUGCUGGAGGAUGCUGCCACUAUGGAGUUUAGAGACAUCAUCAUCCCCGAGAGCGGCGAGCCCGUCAGCUCCAAGGACAUCAAGCGCUGCAUCCAGCAGAUCCAGGAGCUGAUCAUCUCCAGGCUGAACCAGGCUGUGGCCAACAAACUGAUCAGCUCCGUGGAUUACCUGAGGGAGAGCUUCGUGGGCACCCUGGAGCGCUGCCUCAAGAGCCUGGAGGAGUCCUGGGAGGGCUCCGUGCACCCGCCCCGGGGGCUGGAGAAACCCCGCGAGGGAUCCGUGCACAUCACCAGCAACUAUCUCAAACAGAUCCUGAAUGCAGCUUAUCACGUGGAGGUCACGUUCCACUCGGGUUCAACAGUGACCAGGAUGCUGUGGGAACAGAUCAAACAGAUCAUCCAGCGGAUCACGUGGGUCAGCCCCCCGGCCAUCACCAGCGAGUGGAAGAGGAAGGUGGCCCAGGACGCCAUCGAGAGCCUGAGCGCCUCCAAGCUGGCCAAGAGCAUCUGCAGCCAGUUCCGCACGCGCCUCAACAGCUCCCACGAGGCCUUCGCCGCCUCCCUGCGCCAGCUGGAGGACGGCCACUCGGGCCGGCUGGAGCGCACCGAGGACCUGUGGCUGAGGGUGAGGAAGGAGCACGCGCCCCGGCUGGCCCGGCUCUCCCUGGAGAGCAGAUCCCUGCAGGACGUGCUGCUGCACGGGAAGCCCAAGCUGGGCAGGGAGCUGGGCCGAGGCCAGUACGGGGUGGUGUACCUGUGUGACAGCUGGGGGGGACACUUCCCCUGCGCCCUCAAAUCCGUCGUCCCUCCGGAUGAGAAGCACUGGAACGACCUGGCACUGGAAUUUCACUACAUGAGGUCCCUGCAGUCCCACGAGAGGCUGGUGCACCUGCAUGGCUCCGUUAUUGAUUAUGGCUAUGGAGGAGGCUCCAGCAUUGCUGUGCUGCUGAUCAUGGAGAGGCUGCACAGGGACCUCUACACAGGGCUGAAGGCUGGGCUGGAAUUGGAGCCACGGUUGCAGAUUGCGUUGGAUGUGGUGGAAGGGAUCCGGUACCUGCACAGCCAGGGCUUGGUGCACAGGGACAUCAAACUCAAAAAUGUCCUGUUGGACAAAAAAAAUAGGGCCAAAAUCACAGAUUUGGGGUUCUGCAAACCUGAGGCGAUGAUGUCUGGCAGCAUCGUGGGCACCCCCAUCCACAUGGCUCCCGAGCUCUUCACAGGGAAAUAUGACAAUUCCGUGGAUGUUUAUGCCUUUGGGAUCCUGUUCUGGUACCUCUGCUCGGGCCAUGUGAAGUUACCUGAGGCUUUUGAGAGGUGUGCAAGCAAAGAUCACCUGUGGAACAACGUCAGGAGAGGGGUGCGCCCGGAGCGGCUCCCGGUGUUUGACGAGGAAUGCUGGCAGCUGAUGGAGGCGUGCUGGGACGGGGACUCCUCGCAGCGGCCUCUGCUGGGCAUCGUGCAGCCCAUGCUGCAGGGAAUCAUGGACAGGCUCUGCCGGCCGCCCCCCGAGCACCCCCACAAGGGCCUGGAUGACUCCACCUGAGCGGGAAGCGGCGCGGGAUUGCGGGAAUUGAGGCGGGAAUUGGGCAAUUCCAGCCCCGGGCCUGGCGCGGAGCUGCGGGGACAGGGAGGGGCUCCGGGGGGGACAGCUC